AGAGCCACAGUGGGAAAUGAAGACAAGAGUUUCACAACAGAUUUUGCAAUAAACCCUGAUGGAGACCCACAACUUUACUGUGGUGACUGAGUUCAUCCUGAUGGGCAUCACUGACCACCCUGAGCUGCAAGCACCAUUAUUUGGACUGUUCCUCAUCAUCUAUUUUAUCACACUGGUUGGCAACUUGGGCAUGAUCAUCCUUACCAUGGUGGAUUCCCAGCUGCAAACACCCAUGUACUUCUUUCUCAGACACCUUGCUAUCACUGAUCUUGGUUAUUCAACUGCUGUGGGACCCAAAAUGUUAAGAAAUUUUAUUGUAGAUAAAAAUAUAAUAUCAUUUUAUUUUUGUGCUACUCAGUUGUCUUUCUUUAGUAUGUUCAUUGUUAGUGAAUUUUUUAUUCUUUCUGCAAUGUCUUAUGACCGAUAUGUAGCUAUCUGCAAACCACUCCUCUACAAUGUCAUUAUGUCACAAAAAGUAUGUUGGGUCCUGGUGGCAAUCGCAUACAUUUACAGUGUAUUUGUUGCUCUCAUGGUCACCAUAAAUAUUUUCUCUUCCUCCUUCUGUGGACACAAUGUUAUCAGUCAUUUCUACUGUGAUAGUCUCCCAUUGAUAUCUCUGCUCUGCUCAAAUAAGGAGGAAAAUGAAAUGAUAAUUUUAAUCUUAUCAAUUAUUGACUUGAUUUCUUCUCCACUUAUCAUCCUUGCAUCCUAUCUGCUCAUUCUCAGAGCUAUCCUCAGGAUGAACUCAGCUGAGGGCAGAUGCAAGGCUUUCUCCACCUGUGGGUCCCACCUGACAGUGGUCACUGUCUUCUAUGGGACUUUGAUAUUUAUGUAUGUGCAACCUAAGUCCAGUCACUCCUUCAACACUGACAAAGUGGCUUCCAUCUUUUAUACCCUAAUUAUCCCUAUGUUGAAUCCCUUGAUCUACAGCUUGAGGAACAAAGAUGUAAAACAAGCCCUUAAAAAGACAAGAAAAAGAAUACAAAAUAUCUUCUCCUAA